AGCAGCAGGAAACUGCCUGAGAAGACAUAAAGAGAAGAAAACUCUGUUGCUUUCUUCUGGAUAUUUUUAUGUGGAAAAUAAGGCCCAUUUCACCAAACAUUAAAUGCCAUUUCAUCAUCUUUUCCACCAAAGCUAACAUCUUUUCCUAAUUUCCUUCAAGGAGAAGACUACAGAGUGCGAUCAGAGUCAUCUCCUUCAAUCCUAGGAAGCCGCGUUUCUCCUUUUAAUCUCCCUCACCAGUGACCUUCCAAUUCUAUAAGAGAUCAAGCAAGCAAAGCUGGUCUAUCUUUCUACGAUCAAUUACUUCGAAGAUCGAGAAAAUGACAGAAAUAGUAGCCACCAGCCUCCUCAGGUUUAUCUCUGAAAAACUGGCAUCAAAAGCUAUUGCAGAGUUUGCAAUGCAGAUCGGCAUCGACAAAGAACUUCGAAAGCUUGAAAGGACUCUUUCAACCAUACAAGAUGUGCUUGAAGAUGCUGAGGCUAGGCAGGUGAAGGAGAAAGCUCUUAGGAGCUGGCUAAGUCAGCUCAAGGAGUUGGCUUAUGAUGCCGAUGAUGUGCUUGAUGAAUUUUCCUUCAAAGCGGCAAAAUUGAAGAAAGCCAACAUGAAGGAGAAGGUACGCAACUUACUUUGCCUCCCUAAGAACAUUGCUUUUCAGCGUAAGAUUGCACUGAGGGUGAAGGAGAUCAAUGAGAGAUUGGAUGAGAUUGCAGAAGUAAGAUCUAAGUUCCAUCUCAAGGAAGGAGUAUUUCGAAGCUUUAAGCUAGAAAGAAGCAUUACAAGUGAAGAAACUGGUUCCUUUAUAAAGGAAUCAGAAGUUUAUGGAAGGGAAGUAGAUAAAGAGAAGAUAGUAGAAUUUCUCAUGAAUACUUCCGUUGGAGAUGAUAUUGGCGUAAUAGGUAUUGUUGGCUUAGGAGGGCUUGGCAAGACAACACUUGCAGGGUUAGUCUACAAUGAUGAAAGGGUUUGUGGGCACUUCCAGAAGAGGAUGUGGGUUUGUGUAUCUGAGGAGUUUGAACUUAAAAGGCUUGUUAGAUUGAUUAUAGAAUCAGCAACAGGAAGUGAAUUUUCUCCAAUGAACAUGGAUGCAAUGCAAAGAUCCCUUAUAAAUCAACUCCAGGAGAAGAGAUUUUUACUAGUUUUAGAUGAUGUGUGGAGUGAAAGUCAUGAAAAAUGGGAUAGUCUCAGGGCUUUGCUUACAGUUGGUGCAAAGGGAAGUAAAGUCAUAGUAACCACAAGGAAUGAACAUGUUGCAUCCAUAAUGGGCACAAUUUCUCCUUACCGGCUAUCGAAUUUGUCGUUCGAUGAUUGUUGGUUGCUGUUUGAGAGGAGAGCUUUUGGCAAUGAGGUUGAGAGGAAUCCAGAUUUCGUUGCGAUCGGAAAGGAGAUUGUGAAAAAGUGUGGGGGUGUUCCUUUGGCUGCAAAAGCGUUGGGUGGCCUAUUGAGAUUCAAAAGAACUGAGAGUGAGUGGCUAGCUAUCAAGGAUAAUGAGCUAUGGAAACUUGCUUCUGAUGAAAACUAUGAGGUUUUACCUGCUCUAAAGUUGAGCUAUGAUCAUCUAUCUUCGUGUUUGAAACAGUGCUUCGCUUAUUGCUCAAUAUUCCCCAAAGAUUUUAAUAUAAAUACUACCACACUGGUUAAGUUAUGGGGUGCUGAAGGCUUCCUUGAGCCAUCUGCAGGGCAUAUUCACUGGGAGCAAAUUGGUUUGCAAUGUGUGGAAGAGCUGCAGGCAAGGUCACUCUUUCAAGUGAACAUGAUAGAGCAAGGAGGCGUCAUAACACAGGUAAAAAUGCAUGAUUUAGUACAUGAUCUCGCUCAAUCUGUUGCAGGUAUUGAAUGUUCAAUCGUGGAUGAUCUCACUCAAAGAUAUCCUUCACAAAAUUCACGCUAUGUUUCUUUCAUUUGCAAUCAAAAGCCACUAUCUGCAACUUUAGAAUUGCUACGUGAUGCAAAGAAACUGCGAACGUUAUAUUUGGAUUACAGAAGAAAUGUUGACAGAGAGACAGAACAGAGCGUCCAGGAAGUUCUUCAUGUUAUAUCAUCUGACAUUAAUCUUCUAAGAGCUUUGCACUUACAAAGUUAUCCCUUAAAAGCUCUGCCACAUACCUUCAAGAAACUCAGGCAUCUAAGGAAACUGAAGCAACUUCGAACACUUCCAAUUUUCAUUCCUGGAGGGAAGAACAACUGCACCCUCAAAGAGCUGGGUAGUUUGAAACUUGAAGGUAUAUUGCAGCUGAAAAAUCUUCAGAAUGUGAGGUGCGUUGAAGAAGCCAAGGCCGCGCAAUUGAGUGAAAAGCAUAAUAUCAGGUCACUGAAGUUAUCUUGGUUGUGCAAUUCUUACAUAAAUUCAGUGGAAGCCUUCGAUGAAUAUGACACCAUUGUGGAAAUUCUGCUUGCAGAAGAUGUACUUGAAAGCCUCCAACCAAGCAAAAGCUUAGAAGAGUUAAAAAUAGAAGGAUAUGUUGGAAGAGCUUUCCCUUCUUGGAUGAACUUAUCACUUUCAAAUCUUGUCCGUCUCACACUAGCUUGUUGCGCUUGUGAAAAAAUCCCAACACUUGGGCUGCUACCCCGCCUCCAAGUUCUUAACCUCGUAGAACUUCCUCUAGUCAAGCAUCUAGGUUCUGAUUUCUAUGGUGGCGCCAAUGCAUUUUCUUCGUUGCAGGAGCUGGAACUAAACUGCUUGACAGAUUUGGAGGAAUGGUGCAGUGCAGCAGGAGAGAAAUUUCUCCCUCGCCUUCACACACUAAUUCUGCUGGACUGCCCAAAGCUGAAAGCUUUGCCCUCAGUUUUCUCAUCAGUUGAAAAUCUCAUUAUGAAUGUGGACGAUAAGCUGCUACUGUCUUCCCUGCAACAUAGAGGAUUUCCAAAUCUGAAGCAUUUAAAGAUGAAAAACUAUGAUGAUAAAGACCCGAUCCCUGAAAUAGUGACAGAGCGUGCCGAAUGUCUCAUUAGCUGGACGAUGGAAACAAAACCAGAACCCAAGGAAGGUGAUCCUACAACUAUGUCUACUUUCAACUUUGGCAUGGUAACUUUGAGGUUUGAAGAGGGAAAGGGCACAAAGCAAAGUGGAUCCAUUCCUCUGUUUCUAGGUAGAUAGCAAUGUUUUCUAUAAAUAAUAUAGCUAUUUUAUGUUAUUUUUGCUUUAAGAAAUGCGAAGUUAUUCAGAAAGAUCAAAGAUAA